AUGUCCCGCCGCGCACGCAACCAUGAGUUCGUCGACGAGGAUCUCUACGAAGAGGAAAGCGACACGUAUCGACGACCCCGGCGGUCUCGACGCGGGCGCCACCCCGAAGACGAAGAGAUUGAUAUAGAUUACAGGCGUCGGAUGUCCGUUCCGCUUCCUGUGGAAGAGCUGGAACGCCUCCACAUACGGGAGCGCUCAACUCCCGACUUUAUGCACGAGAGCUUCGACCCUCUGCCUCGCAACCCCGGGCCUUUGGCGGUUGCGCCUGAGAGAGAAAUGCCCGAUAUGCUCCCGCGUGAGGUAUUGCGCGGCUACGAGAUGGAGAGGAGCGACAUUCCGGAGCGACGUGAGAGACGUCGGCCGAGGAAAGCUCCUCGGGAGAAAGACGUUUACUUCCAGGAGGAAUUGGAAAGAAGGAGACACAUUGGGGACGGGUCUGAUGAAGAGGAGUACACCUACAAGAAGAAAAAGGAGCGGCCGGUUCCUCGACAUGACUAUGACACCGAGGAGGAGUUUGUACGCUUGCACCGUGACAGGAGAGAGAAGAAGAAGGGUUCGCGACUUAGGCAUUCAGAACUGGAUCUGGGACAAGAUGAGUUCUUCCGCGGGGCACCGGAUCCCAUGCAGGAGUAUGCUAGAGAUCUGAAUGAUGCGAGAGAGCCAAAGAGUGCUGCACGCCUGCGCCGAAGAGUCCAGCAUCAAUCCGACGACAAUGAAAAGGAAGAGGAGGAUAUUAUCGUCAGAAAGGAUGAGAGGAAAAGAGGUCGAAAGGGUCGAUUCAAGGAGAAAGAGGAAGUAGUCAUGCGACAAAGGCGAUUUUCGACGUCUCCAGAGUCUCCAAGCUCCAGAGAGCUCUCGCAAGUGCGGAGAUCUCUCGCUACGCCUCGUGGUCUCAUGGAUAAUGGGGUUGAAAUUCCUCGUGCACCCCGGGCACCCCGGUCAGAGGCUUCAUCGCCAAGCAGCUUUGAUGAGUUGGAAAUUCGUCACCGGAGGCGAGGGCGCCCAACUAAGGAAAAUAUUAUUAUAGAGCGACGCAAGGAAGAUUCAUCUCCACCUGCCAGUUCCUCAUCAGAGUCUGAAGACCAAGAAGUUAAGGACGAAUUGGACACCCUCCGCGCCAAACUCAGGACUUCCGCCCGUCAAGAGGAUGUCGUGAUUAUGGAACGUGAGCCAAAACGCCAGGAUAUUGAUGAAGAGAUCCAAGCAUUUGAGGAGGAACACUAUACACGACGCGAUUUAAAGGGACCUCCAUUGAAAAAUGUACCGAAGGUCUCCAUCGAAGAUAAGGCAAUUGUUCUGGUUGGUGCCGAAGACAACAGCCGCUCUGAUCAGGAUGGUAGGCGGCGACAACAACCAGCUCAAAGGUCUCGAUCCAUCACUGGUCCCGAAAGGUUGUCUGAUGAAAAUGUCAAUCGUAAGCACGGCCAGAUAGGACGACGGUAUAUCGGUACGAAGGAAAAGCGGGACCGCCUCUGGACAGAGAUUACCAAGGACCUGGUGGUCAGGGAAGCCAUUGAGCGGGCCGGGUAUGAGUUCGAAGAAACAGAGUCGUUCUAUUACAUCUUCUCGUAUCUUCAAUAUGACGACAUAUCAGCCCUUGUCGCACUAUCGGAAGACAUCCGCCGUGCACGGCGCCGGCGUAUCCAGGAGAUAGAAAGGGAGCGUCAGCGAGCUUCCAAGCGUCCUGCGCCUCCUGCGCCUCCUGCCCCAUUUCCACCUGAGCCAGACAUAACGAUCCCCAUGUUGCCUGGGAGGCUGCCGUCUCCGCGGCUCCGAGCUCGGGAUGAGCGGAGACUGAAGAAAGAGCGAGAGCUCAUCAUCGAAGAAGGGCGUUGGAGACCAGCUCCAGCUCGGUCGGACAGAUGGUAA